AUGUCACUUAUUGCACAAAUGUUCAGCCAAACUCCUUGUUACGUCUUGUCCAUACAAAGAUACAUCUAUGGCCUUGGGGUAUACAAUUGCGGCAAUCCUGAAAAGGAGCAACCAGGACCAGUUUCGGAAGCUGACUUUGCGGAAGCAUGUGAAUUUCCUGUCCCACCAGUUGAACCUGAGAAUUUGCAGUCGUGCAAAUCAUCCAAUAAACCAGCCACCGAAUUUGCUUCAAUAGCGUCACAAAUCAACAAACAGCGCAUCACAAUCUCAUCUUCAAGAAUCGAUAAACAAAGAACACAUAGAGAAGUGAAUCAAAGAAGAAGUACAAGAGGAAUUCGAAAUAAAAGGAUAAAGAGGACGAUAUUGUGGAAAAUCGAAGUUGACGGAUGGAGCUUUGAGGCCGGAGAUCACGAUGAAUCAACGGGUAUCACAUCGACACAUUUGGCUCGUUCGUCGAGGACGAUGGAAGUAGCGGUGAACAGUGGCAGAUUCGUCAAAAAAAGAGAAGAGAAGGUGGAGCUAUGGCGGCGAUCGGAUUUCAUCGAUGAAGAAGGACAAGCAAUGAGCGCUGCUGCAUCUGAGAUUGGAACAAGAGAGGGAGUCUUGUAG